CAUGACUGUGUUUUUAUGAAUGAAAGGAAUCCUGUGAGUGAGUAAUUCCAGGAAACUCACAUUACAACUCAGCAGAUUGCUGCGUUCGCCGCUGUCGCGCGCGCCUCCCCGCCAGCAGGCAGCCUCCACUCUCGGCUGCCCGAGCCCAAGUCCGAUACCGGAGCACAGCCCGGGGAGGCGGCGGCUGGAGGCCGAAAGGGACCCAUCACCCAGGGACGGCGGAGGUAGAAUAGAGAGAGAGAGGAGGAGGAGGAAGAGAAGGGGAAGAAAGGAGAGACUUCCAGACCGAGUGGGAGAACCUGAGUUUCCAGCCCUGAGGGCACCUGACCCCAAAAUGUCUACAGACACCUUAUCCAGCAAAGCAUUAAAGAUCAAGCGCGAACUGGGCGAGAACACUGGCCCGCACCUGUCGGAUGAGGAGUUGAUGGCGCUGUCUGUGCGGGAGCUGAACCACCAUCUGCGCGGCCUGUCCAAGGAGGAGGUGGCGAGGCUGAAGCAGCGGCGCCGCACGCUCAAGAACCGCGGCUACGCAGCCAGCUGCCGCGUCAAGCGCGUGUGCCAGAAAGAGGAGCUGCAGAAGCAGAAGAGUGAGCUGGAGCGGGAGGUGGACAAGCUGGCCCGCGAGAACGCCGCCAUGCGCCUCGAGCUCGACGCCCUGCGCUCCAAGUACGAGGCGCUGCAGGGCUUCGCGCGCUCGGUGGCCGCACACGGAGGGCCCGCCGCCAAGGUGGCACCGGCCAGCGUCAUUACCAUAGUCAAGUCCUCCACCACAGCUUCAACGGCCUCCGCAGCCAGCCCCGAAGCCUGCUCCUCGUGACCGCGGGUCCCGCCCCCCGAUGCCCCUCCCCGUGCGGAUAGGGGGUCCCGGCCCCGCCCCUGCGCUCCCACCCCUGCGUGGAUGGGGGCCCGGCCCCGCCCACACUUAGGCCCCGCCCCCGGCUUCCAGCCCCGCUCCGCAGACUGGGUGGCCUGGUCCUUGCCCCGCCCCCCAGAUCCCAUCCCUGCGCGGAUAGGGAGGUCCUGAUCUAGGCCCCGCCUCUGGCCCGCUCUCUGCUGACAGGGUGGCCUGGUCCAGGCCCCGCCCCCAUGGGAUUUCAGCCUCUUCCCCAAUGCCCCGCCUCCUCGUCUAAGCCUUGACACCUCCCAGGCCCCGCCCCCUCCCGUGGCCCUGCCUUCCAAAGCUCCUAAUUCGGUCGGCCCGCCAGCCCACCUCAAUUCCUUGUGCUCCCGAGGGGCGGGAGGGCUCAGUGCUCCUUCCCCCGUCUGGCCCUCACGAGUCCUGGGUAGCGGUGGGUUUGGGGAAGGGGUAGCUCAGAAGCAGAAACUGGGAGGAGGAAGACAAUUCCAUCCUCCGCCCCCCCCCCCAAAUGCAGUUGAAGUUAAAUCUACACGCAUUGAUUAGGUGCCGACUUUGUGCCAGGCACUAGGAUGUGGGGCACCCUCCACUCCUGGCCCAUGCCCUCCCUGCUCUUAGCAGCCUGCCCUUCCCCACCCCCUCGUUUCCUCAACGGGAAACUGGACACGACGGAGGGGACGCACAGGAGAGGGGGGACAGGCUCAGGACUCUGCUGUGGGGACCCCUGCGCCACUCUCUUUCCCAAGAAAACUGACCCAGCAAGCAGCUCAGCCCCUUUCUCCCAGGGCCGGGAGGAGAGGGGCAAGGUAGGGGCCAUGUCCCGACCUCCCCCCUCCUCUGGAUUUUUGGUUCUCUUGGCCCCUGCAGCAGGAACCUUGGAAGCAGGUUGGAGACCUGGCAUGGGUGCGUGGGAGCUCUCUUCCUGAAGAAUGGGGUCUUCUAGAGGGUGUCUAGAUAUCCCUCAAGGCUGAGAGAGCCCCUCCAAGCCCCCCACGGCUGGCCCAUCCAUCUUCCCAGGGCCUGGGACACCCAGAGAUGUGCUAGAAUUCCUCCUGGGCUUCCCUGAGGGGCUGGGGGUCUCUAGGAGGCAGGCCAGGCCCCAGGCACCAGUCUGCCCAAAGUCAG